AUGUCUGAAAUACCACCAUGGGUAUGGUUUACUCUCCAUCUCUACGGUCUUGCCGGAAUGUUCAUUAUCAUGAUUGCGAUGCUCUUUGGGGCACUCUACGUUAGACGACAUUUUGCCCACGAACGGAAUCCAGCCUCGGAUGCAGUUCCACCAAUCUUGGAAUUCUAUCUUUCCGAUGAAACAAAUGCUCCUCCCAAUGAGACAGAUGUGCCUCCCAUCGAAGACCAUCCGCUACCCAAUCGCGCACGGCUUGGACGCUGCAGCGCCGAGGAGCUCCAAGAAGUGGCCGACCACAUUUCUCACAUUUGGUGCACAAGGUUUGCCGAAGAACAAGAGAGGUUACUCCGCGAGAAGCUCGAGGAACAACGAAUUGAAGAAGAAAGGGAGCUGGCAGAAAUGGAACGAGCACGGGAAGAACGAGAACGAGAACGAGAUUGA